ACGGAACGACGAAGAAGAAGAAGCAGCAGGGAAGUGAGGGUGUGGUUAAUGUGAGCGGUGUCCAGUCUCAGGUAAAGAUGAGCUGUGUAAUGGCUGGUGGUUCUGGUGGUCUGUGAGAUCUAUUCGAGAUCAUAACUACGCCACGGUCCCUGGUCUCCCGUGAGUUUUACAGCACAAGAGGAAAGACUGCGGAGACAGCUAGGGUGCGUUUUUAGAGAAGGACUACAAAAGGACUACGACAGGAUUACAACAGUUAUAAUGAAUACUGGAAGGAAAUACUUAAAACACAAAUUACUCUGCAUCCUGGGAGCAGUGACGAUCCUCCUCAUCUAUCUCAGCAGCUGGAGUUGUCUGGGUCUAAAAACAGCACUGUCAUGGGACGAUUGUGGGCCUUAUGUGGCCUAUCCACAAAACUACAAGUUCAUCAUGGAUGACACACCUACGUGUAAGACCAGGAGUCCUUUCCUGGUCCUGAUGGUUCCGGUUGCACCCAGUGACGUGGCAUCUCGGGAGGCUAUCCGGAAGACAUGGGGAAAUGAGAAACUGGUUCUGGGUCAGCUUAUCGAGACUGUCUUCAUACUUGGCCUACCUGGAGGAGCUGAUGCUGAGCAGCAGCAGGAGAAUGUCAAACAGGAGAACCUGCUGCACCAUGACCUGAUCCAGAGUAACUUCCAGGACAGCUACCGCAAUCUGACCAUCAAGACUAUGAUGAUGCUGCAGUGGCUGGCUGUGCGCUGUGUAAAGGCUUCCUAUGUCAUGAAGAUUGACACAGAUAUGUUCCUCCAUGUCCAGAAUUUGGUUAAACUGUUGCUGGAUCCCAGCGUGGCCAAACAAAACUACAUAACGGGUUUGGUGUGGUGGCACAGCCCGGUUUUAAGAAACCCAUUCAACAAGUUCUACAUGCCGAGAUACGUGAUUGCGGAGUCAGAGUACCCUCCAUAUCCUCUGGGCAUGUCCUACAUCAUGUCCAUGGACCUGCCUGGGAAGAUCCUAGGAGUCUCUUCUCAGAUUAAACCUGUUUAUAUUGAAGACGUCUACCUGGGUAUGUGCCUAAAACUUCUGGGCAUUUCCCCCACCGACCCACCUGAAAAUACAAUGUUUAUUGUCACACCCAUUCAUCCUCUGAGCGACUGCAGCCUUUCAAAAGUGAUUGCUAUAACAACAACAAGCAUCCCGCAGAUGAUGCGUUACUGGGAGAGGAGCAAACAGCCAGAUGCUAAAUGCUGAACUUCAUCAGGUUGACUGAAAUUAGACCUGUUUAAUGACAACAUGGAAGCACCUUGCUUUUUGGUUGGAAAGAAAAGACAAAACAGAUUUAAGGAUUAACAUCCACCUUGUAUCAAAUGUACUUCUCAGCCAGCUGAACUACAGACUUUCUGAGCUGUAUCAGCUCUCAGAGAUGAGAACAUCUGCUGGCCACAGUACCAGAGUGUUAGAACCUCGACUUGUCCAAAAGAGUUGUAGCCUCAUUUUGAUAUACGAAAUUCCAUAUUCCUCAGUGUUCAAAAGAUAUUGUCCUCUUCACUCAGUUGCUGAUCAAGCCCCUGUACAGUUGUAGUUGGUCACUGUUCCAGAAGAGGGCAGUCUAACAUCAGCUUAAACCCACUGCAUCAAAUCCUCAGGAUUUCUCAGGCUAAAUUACCAUUCAUUUUUUUUUUUUUUACUAUUCAGCAGAUUCUUUCAAAAUUGAUCAACAAAACCCUUCUCAUGACUGUUUACUUGAUAAGAGCAAUUACGGUAAAGCUUUUCUUCUGUUACCUGAACUUGCUGCUACAGUAUUUUCAAUUUCAUCAUAGUCUGUUAUAGCAUAGCAAUCUAGGGAAACAGGGUAUCAAACAGUGCUGUGGGAACAAAAAGAAAAAUAAUCUCAUGAAGCUGCAGUGGCAAAGUACCUCCAAACAGAUUAAAAUAAAAAAAUAAAAUAUAAAUACCCCGUCUGAUUAACCACAAAUUAUUUUAAGGAGGGCACACUGUGAUGUGACCUGGCCAUGAACUAGACAUUCAGCUGGCUAUGGUGUAAAAUUAGGAGGGGUGUCAGCAAAUGACUGAAGUUGAUUGUUCUCAACUUGUCACAAAUGUCACUGUAAACAUGUGUGCACACUGAAUUAAAUGUGAAAAGGAAUAAACAAAACCUUUGGUGAUACUGCA